UUGAGAGGGGGGAAAAAACAGCGAGCGGCUGCGGUGUAAACCAGUUGGGUAAAUGACGCGUCUUCUUUGCGUUAAAUCUGAGGUCGACGAAGCGCUCGCGACGAGCUGGGCCUUUAAGGACGCGGGGCAGUGGGAACAGUCCGCCGACCGUCCUUUGUUUACCAUUAAACUCUGAAUGUGCUCGCGACAGAAACUCGAGCCCCUUUAAUUGCGUUUCCCCCACGUGUGCUUAAGCAGAAGCCCCGCGCGCACAAAAAUCCUUAACGCUGAGUGCGCACCGUGCCGUGCCGUGCCAAAUUAAUCCCAGACGAGGGCGAUGUCUGACAGCAGCAACAGCACAGGCAGCAGCGGCUCCUCAAGCAACAGCUGGACCCUCCUCUCCCCCGAGGAGGCUGCCGUUGAGAAUGUCGGACCAGUAGACGACGGUACGGAGAGCCUGGGCGACGCCCCGAGUCUCUCUGAGGACGUGACAGGAGCGGCUUCAAGUGACAUUCCAGUAGAGACUGUCCUGUCCGAAGAAGGCCAUCAGGUGUGUCAAGAGACCGACCCGGAGUCCAGCGAGGGUCUCGUCCCGUCUAGUCUCCUCACACCCACCCUCCUGGAUCCUCCAGAGCCGGACCUGGAGAGUCAGCCUCCAGUCAUCCACGACAUCGUGACCAGCUCCCCGAGCGACAACGAGCACCUCGAAGCCACGCCCUUUGUCACCAACAUUGAUUCUGGGGCUCUGCUCGAUGUUCCCGCCGAUGAUCUCGCGGCGGAUGAGCCUGAGGAGCCCCGCUCUGCUCCUCCUCUGGCGGAGAUGCCCGGCGAUACAGAACAAGUGCCCGACCCGGAUGCUGACUUGGUGCCGGGUCCCGUCUACACUACUGAGCCCGAGGUCCACGUCCCCACAGAGACCCUUACGGCCACUGACCCCGCCUCUCGUGUCGACUCUGGUAUCAGCUCCGUGCCAGAGAGCACAGGGCCUCCGAGCCGGGUCCCAGAAAGCCUGGGGAGACAGAGCCCAGUCCAUCAGAGUCCUACACCACACACUGUUGGUUCAGUGGAGGAAGAGGAGAAGGAAGGAGCGGUGGAGGAGGAGGAGGAAGCGGUAGAUGAAAAGGAGGAGGUGGAGCUUUCCGAGACAGUGAACCAGCAUGAGGGAGAAGAAGAAGAAGAAGAAGAAGAAGAAGGAGAAGAACCCUCCAGCGGUUUCGAUUUGGGCGACACAGGCGGCUUCGAUGAUGGACCGAGGAGGAGGAACGCCCCGUCCUUCGAGUCGCCGAGGCCAAGAACAUCCGAUGACGACGACGAAGAGGAGUUGGAGUUCAAGUUGGCAGAGAAGAAGAAGGGGGAGGAAACGCCCUGGUUCUCAUUGAACAAAUGCAUUGUGGGUUCUCUGAUCCUGCUCUUCUUGGGUUCCCUGUUCCUCUCAGGUGACUUUGACGCCUCUGAACUCGGUGAUGGAGAACAAAUCCAGGGCUGGCUUAGCGGUGAUCCACAGGAUAUGAAAGAACUAUUGGAUAAACUCACACAGGAAAACCAGCAGAUCGCUCAGCUAGAGGCUCAACUACAGUCUCAGAAAGAAGAACUGGACUCUGCGCUGACGGCCGUGGCAGCAAGCGGUGACGAACAGGAGAGAGCAGAUCUGGAAAAAGAAAACGUCAAGCUGAAGGAGGAGCUGUUAUCUCUGCCUGGACUGAAGCAGGAGCUGGAGAGCCUGAGGUCCAGAGUGACCGAACUUAGCAAGCUCUCAGCCGAUCACGGAAUGCCGCCUGCUACCACGAGCUCUGCCCCUCAGCCCGGUGACAAUGCCAAAGCUGCUGGACUUGAAAGGAGGGAGGACACCAAUGAAGGAGGAGGAUUGAAGGAAGAACUCCAGAGGCAGAAAGGCCUUCUGGAGGAGAGCAAGAAGAGACUGCAAGGGAUGAAGAAAGAUGGAGGCGACGGGAAAGUGAGGGAUAGCUUGGAGGACGUCCAGAAGAGGCUCUCUGAACAAGUUGAGAGGUGGGGUACGAAGAAGCCACAGGAGUCCAAAAGGAAAGGGAAGAAGGGCAAAAGCAAUGAGCGGGACCACUGGAACAAAGAGGAAAAGAAAGAAGUGAGAGGGGAGAAAGGCUGGAAGCACGGCAAAGAGGGAGAAGGGAGAGCGAAGGAGGAGAAGAAAGAGAAGGAGCAGAAGUCUCCCAAGCCAAACUCGCACAAAGAGGCCUGGACGAAACACCAGGACGAGUGGGAGAGGAAGAAGGACGAGCGCCGAAUGGACAGAGACGAGAGGAGGAAGGAGAAACCGUGGCACAGCCGGCCUGUUAAGAACUCCCACCAUCAGCAGCAGCAGCAGCCCCGUCAGCCUCAUCAGCACAAACACAACGACUUCUGGAGGCACCAGGAGCAGAAACUCCGAAGCAACGUCCGGCCCCAGCUGGGCUGCAGCUCCGUGGAGGACUGCGCCGGCCGCGAGGGGCUCUACCCGGUGGAGCUGCCCGAGUUCGAGGAGCUGCUGGAGGGCUACCUGAGCAAGCUGCAAGGCUCCUCGUCCGAGAGCAAAGACAAGAUCCGCAAGCUGACGGCGGAGUUCUUUGAGGACGGCGGCUUCAUUCACGACAGGGUUCUGUUCGCUGACUUUGCUGAGGACGUGGCGGACAUCCUGGAGGACAUGGCGGACGUCUCGCAAGGGCGCGGGCACAAGGACGGCGACUCCCUGGAGGAGGAGAUGGAGGAGUUUGAGCGAGAAGCCCUCUGGAAGUUCGCAGCCACAGUUUGAAAAGAUGCCGAGGGAUGAGGAGUGAAACAAAACGCUAGGAAACGCCGCACAAAAAAACAAAAGAUGUCUUGCCUACAUUCUCCUCUUUAGAGCUGUAAUUGUAGUAGCUUCUGGCACAGAGUGGUCGUGCCUCUCAUAAACGCGUCCCUCCGAGUCUUUAAUUAUAAGCUAGACUGGUCCUUGUCAUUUGGGACUUGGCUGUCGUUACCUACCUCUUGUCAGGUCAUGCCUCCCAAUGCAAAGUCCUCCAGUAAUGUGUUGUGUGUGUUUUUGUUUUUCCUCUGCUGUAAAGUGUUUUGUCAAGACGUGGUGCAUGUUGCAGGUCUCCAUUUCAAUUCAGACUGAUUUAGAUGACACACAAAAAAGCAGCGCUGUAAGGACAAGGUGUGUUUGCACAGAUGAGUCAUAUAAGAGUGUCGAUGUUAAAUAGUUCCCUGUCACUGGGCCGCGUGAACUCAACCUGCCGCUUCUUCCAGCAGGUUACGGCGAACGCGCAGAACCACUCUGCAGAUGUGCCAUUUUCCUAACGUCCGCUCCCAGGAGGACGAGAUUCAGGUUCUUUCAUAGGGGAGAUUCACAUCGGGUCCGACCGGUUUUGCGUCAGCAGCUCUUUACUACAUUUGGGGAAAACACACACACACACACACCGAGUGCUGUUUGAGAGCCCCGAGCGUUGUGCGUCUCUACAGACGUUCCAACCCCCCCCGUCGCUCCCGAAUGUCAGUUGACAGCAGAUCUGCUGAUCAACCAGAAACUGGUUUGGGGAACGUCAGAGCUGCUGAAGAAAGUAAAGCAGUAGGACAAAGUCAUAGUAGCUAUAAAUUUAUCAGGGGGCUAAACCUCGUUAGCACUUUUCGACAGUUUCCCUGUGUUGUGUUUUACUUCGACCAUUAGUUUAGUAUGUUUCGUAGCGUAGCCGCAGGGACCGCUGACGCAUGAUCUGCAUAUGCUGGGGAUCCCAGAGCAAAAAGUUCGGGUUAAGACACCUUAUGUGAGAUUGCCAACCAAACCGGUGCAUAUUUCAUCUUGCAUUAUUUAAGUAGAAGUGCGAAAGCUAGUAAGCUGCUACAUUUUGUUUUUCCAGUUUUAAAUUGAAUGAGCCGAGCAAAAGGUUAGAAAAGAAAUGAUGCCAGGUAUGAUGGCAGAGCAGCUCCCCACUUGAGUUAUUCUCGUUUUGUUUGAGUGAUCUGUCCUCGUACCAUCCGAUCAUGAAGUUUGGCCCCUUCCCCUGGAUGAGAAGUUCAAGUCGACAGAAUGUGAUUGUUGGUUCUCAUCUUGCAGUUAUUGAGAGAAGCUUUAUAGUGUUUCAUGUUUAUUUAUUCUGUCGGUACACUGCAACUCUUUUCCUGUUGAAUGUGGAAAUGGCAAAGUUUUGUUUUACGAAAAUUUAAUUAGCCAGCUACUGCUUAUGUGCCUUUAUUAUUUGUAUAAAUAUCUUUGAAGUCUGUGAUUAAUUAUCAAGAAGAGAAAGAAAAUGUACACAGCUUUAAACAGCCUGAAUGUAAGCGCGCUACACAUGAAGGGUUUUUGUUCUCUGAUGAUAUUAUUUGGAACUUUUUAGACCAACGCUAUUGGAAGAAGGCUCAAUCUGAACAGGUGAAUCCUUAAACAAAUCACAUUAUGAACGUUUCAUUUUUGAGGACUAUUCCUGCCUUCGUGGGACGACUUGUUCAUGAGCUGAAAUGUGCUCGUAAUCGAUCCUUGGAAUAAUGUGUCACAGGAUGCGGCCAUUUGUUUGUUAUUUCAUCCAACUUGAGUUAUGUCCUCCUUAAGGUAAUCCGUGGUAAGUUCAAUAAAUCUUUCAACAAUAAA